GCCUAGGAAGUGAUUGUCCUCAGCUGGGCUGCUGCCCCAUGUGAGCUCUGCAGGAGCAGGGUGCCCAGGGCAGACUGGCUGGGGGGCUCUGGGAAGUGCCCCCUGCAGUAACCCAGGCUGAAAACAUGGGUAAGAAAAGCAAGAAGGAGAAGAAGGUGAAAGGGGCAGAGAAAACAGCUGCUAAGAUGGAGAAAAAAGUCUCCAAGAGAGCUAAGAAGGAGGAGGAGGAUCUUGAAGCCCUGAUAGCAGAAUUCCAGACAUUAGAUGCUAAAAAGACCCAGAUAAUUGAGACAGCCUGUCCCCCACCCUCACCAAGGCUGAAUGCCUCCUUGUCUGCUCAUCCCGAGAGAGACGAAUUGAUCCUUUUUGGAGGUGAAUAUUUCAAUGGCCAAAAAACGUUCCUGUAUAAUGAACUGUACAUUUACAACAUCCGGAAGAACAGCUGGAGUAAAGUAGAUAUCCCAAAUCCUCCUCCCAGGCGCUGUGCACAUCAGGUUGCAGUGGUGCCCCAGGGUGGUGGACAGCUAUGGGUAUUCGGUGGAGAGUUUGCUUCUCCUGAUGGAGAGCAGUUUUACCACUACAAGGAUCUCUGGGUCCUGCAUUUGGCCACCAAGAUUUGGGAGCAAAUCAAGGUAACAGGGGGGCCCUCAGGAAGAAGUGGACACCGAAUGGUAGCCUGCAAGAGACAGUUAAUCGUCUUUGGAGGAUUCCACGAGAGUGCCAGAGAUUACGUGUAUUACAACGAUGUGUAUGCCUUCAACCUGGACACUUUCACAUGGACCAAGCUGUCUCCGUCAGGGACUGGCCCUGCUCCAAGGUCUGGCUGCCAAAUGGCUACCACUCCAGAGGGCAAUAUAAUCGUCUAUGGUGGCUACUCCAAACAGAGAAUUAAGAAAGAUGUUGACAAAGGCACUCUGCACACCGACAUGUUCCUGCUGAAGGCUGAAGGCGUGGGCAAGGAGGAAGAUAAGUGGGUAUGGAAUCGGCUUAGCCCGUCAGGUGUGAAACCAACUCCCAGGUCUGGCUUCUCUGUGGCAAUAGGCCCCAAUAACCGAUCCCUUCUCUUCGGAGGUGUGCAUGACGAAGAAGAGGAAGAGCGCAUUGAAGGAGACUUCUUCAGUGAUAUUUAUUUCUAUGAUAUGGGAAAGAACCGCUGGUUUCCUGGACAACUAAAGGGACCUAAAUCUGAGAAGAAGAAACGUAGGCGAGGCAAAAAGGCUGAGGCAGAGGGCGCCGGGGAUGGAGAGGCAGAGGGCCAGCCCCCUCAGGGCCCCGUGGAGAUGGUCAAAGAGGUGGUGGCAGAGGAUGGGACUGUCAUGACGAUCAAGCAGGUGGUCUCUGCCCCUGAAGUGGAGCCGGAGAGGUCCGAAUCCGAAGACGAAGAAGAGGCCGGUGAUGAAGCCUCCGGCGAGCAGGUGGAGCCGUGCCCACGUUCAAAUGCUAUGCUGGCAGUGAAGCAUGGGGUUCUCUAUGUCUACGGGGGGAUGUUCGAAGUGGGGGACCGCCAGUUCACCCUCAAUGACCUCUAUAGCAUCGACCUCCACAAGAUGGAGGAAUGGAAGGUCCUGGUGGAGAUGGAUCCAAAAACUCAAGAAUGGCUGGAAGAGUCCGAGUCCGAUGAGGAGGGGGAUGAUGUAGAAGGUGCAGAGGGAGGUGGUGAUGAGGAGGAGGAAGGCUCUGAUGAAGAGAGUGAAGAUGAUGAAGAAGAGGAGCGGCACCCAUCUGUUCAGCUUGAUGAGAAAUACACAGACUAUCUGCCCAGGACUGAGCAAUACUGGAUUAAACUAGCCCGCCACAAUAUGGGCCCUGAUGCAAAGGAGAAGAAGGUGGCGAAAUUGGCACAUGCGAUGGCAAAGACUUUUUAUGAAGGUUCGGUUUAAAUGCAUGUGAUGCUGAGAAUGAGCAGUGUGGGUGCAGACACCUCACUGGGACAACGGCCAAUUGAACCAACCAUCUAAACCUGAUGUACCUCUUAUCCGGUAUGUACUGUAGGUUCCAAAGGCCCCUGGCUGCUACGCACUAAUGUCUCGGGCAGUCCAAGGCUGGCGUGCCUCUCUAACAGUAUAUUUCUGCCAUUAUCACCCUGUAAACAGGCCUUCGUAAACAGGAUUGCUGGCCGGGAAUGUGUUCUGCUAAAAUUUGAAUACACAUUGUAAAUUUGUUGACAGCUGUUUAAGUUGGCUGAAGACAGACUGCUUAACAGAAUCAGAACAUCACUUGAGGUUCCUAGCCCCAAAUGUCCUUCAUCUGGCCAGGGGCUGGGUAUGGUUUUUUCUAAGUGCUUUCAUAAUAAAGUUGUUUGGCUGAGUCA